UCUGUCUUUUGGCAAUUGCAUGGGCACUGGGAAAAUAGGCUCAUAGGAACUCACUUGCUUCCCUUUUUCCGGAAAUAAAAUCUGCCAAUUCCUUAAAUUGUUUUCAGGAAAACAGGGUUUACAAAAAGCACCUUAAAACAUUUACAAGACUUUUUUUUCUCUUCUUUUUUUCAUCUUCUAGGAGUUAACAAAAACCAAAGGAAUUCAAGCAUGCCCUCAUAGGAAAACAUCUUAUAGUCUCUCUUCACUAUUGUUACACUGUUCUUUUACCCACCCUCUUUUCUUUCUCUUUGCUUUUCUCCUAUAGCAUUAUCAAAAACCCACACACCUUGUUCUUUUUUCAAACCUCAAAUCUCACGGAAAUUUAGUUUGAACAAUCUUUUCUCAAACGUGAUAAUAACAUUAUUCACAUUCAUUUGCCUGGUUCAAUUUGAUCUUUUUCUCACUAUUUUUACUAUUUAUUUGUCUAUUUUUUUUAAAAAAUAAUUUUUAAUCCUUGAUUUGAUGUUCGCAAAUAAACAGUAGUGAGAUACACUUCAUAUUAUUAUUAUUGAAAAUCUACAUCUACAUCCAAUCUUAGAUCAGAAAAAUUAAAAGAACCAACUAACCAACCAAGAAGCCAUGAACUUUCAAGAAUUUGAGUCCAACAACAACAACAGGAGCAGCAUCAGCACCACCACCGCCACCAACAACAAUUUGAUGAUGAUGACAUCCAUGACCAUGGCCAUGACUUCGUCAUCAUCGGCAUCGUCUUCGUCGACAUCGUCAUCUUCCAUUCCUUCUUCGAGCCGCUACGAGAAUCAGAAGAGGAGGGAUUGGAACACCUUUGGUCAGUACCUCAGAAACCAUAGACCUCCACUCUCUCUCUCUCGUUGCAGCGGUGCACAUGUUCUUGAGUUUCUCAGGUACCUGGACCAGUUUGGAAAAACGAAGGUUCACACACAGAUGUGUCCAUUCUAUGGACACCCAACCCCCCCGGCGCCGUGCCCUUGUCCGUUGCGGCAAGCAUGGGGGAGCCUCGACGCGCUCAUCGGCCGCCUCAGGGCAGCUUUUGAAGAGAAUGGAGGGAAGCCGGAAGCCAACCCUUUCGGCGCUCGCGCCGUCAGGCUUUACCUCCGUGAGGUUCGUGAUUCACAGGCCAAAGCCAGAGGAAUCAGUUACGAGAAGAAGAAGCGCAAGCGUCCCCCAUCUCAUGGACAACCUCAAGCUCAAUCUCCACCACCGCCAUUGCCACCACCUUCAAAUGAAUCAAAUCACUAGUAUACAGAACUUGGGGAUUUGAGACAUGGUGAUACUGCAAUAUAAGGUAUGCAUUCUGGAAUUUGAUUUAAAAAAAUGUACAAUUGGAGUUGCACUGUUCCUGAUUACAAAAUUAGUAGCAGUGAUGAGUUGAGUGAAUAAAUUUAAGUGGUAGUGCGAAGAGUGAGUGUGGUUGUGUGCAUGUGUGAGAUCAUUACAUCGCGUCCUCCAAUUUGUAAUAAAUAUGUGUGUACUUGAUGGUGGGUCAUUUAUGAAGGAGUUAUGGAUUUGCAGAUCAUGUUCCAUGUUUUCUUCUGUGAAUGCGGUAAAAAACAUUGCUAGCUUUUCAUGUUAAUUUUCCCCCCCAUCCCCAUUUGAUUAGA